CCGGGACACACACCGGGACCAGCGGAACCAGCAGCACGGUGGUGAAGCUGGAGUCGGGGGUGUCGGCUCUGACUCCCUCACAGUUUGCUGAGCUUCACUUCCUGCGCUCCAGGGUUCGAGAGCUGGAGAGAGAGAAAGCAGAAGUGUCGGCCGAGAACCAGAGACUGAAGAACAUGUUGGUCCACGAAAUCCCUGGACUUCUCUCCACCAUGUGGCAGACGUUGGGGCAGAUCAACAGCCACCCCUGCGUCUCCACGGCAACAGGCCGAAGUGAGAGCUAUGCUGCGUAUCACCACUCAGCGACCAAUCAGGACGGACCUUUCAGCCCUCAGGUGCAGCAGGAGGCCCUGAGCGUGGAGCUGUCGGGGUCCUGGGGUCCGCUGGGCUCCGAGGACCAGGACCAGGACCAGGACCAGGACGGACCCGAAGCCAGCAUGGGGCUGGGGGGUCACAUGGGAGAGGAGGAGCCUCUCUGCAGCCAGGAGGACAUGGAGGAGCUGAGGAGGAGCCAGUGUUCCAUGGGAGACGCACCUGGAGAGGUGAGCCCGGUGGAGGUGUUUCCAGGCUCUGGCGUGCUCUGUGAUUUUCGGUGGUGGCAGGCGGCCAAUCAGGCACAGUCUCCCACGGGGAUGGCCCGGACACUGUUGCUGGGUGUGUUUGAUAUGAACACGCUGAUGAACAGUAACCUGAGGGGUGGGCGGAGCCGCCGGCCUGCCUUCCACCCUCAACGCAGUGCGCUCGACCCGCACAAGAUCAACGCCAUCUUCAACGCCAUCUUGACUCGGUUUCCUCUCGCUAAGAAGGGAGUCAUCGGCUCCGGCAUCAACUCCAAACUGUCUGAGAUCCGAUUCCGCUCUCGCAGAGCCAAUCCAGAUGUUCCUGUGACAGACAGCCGGCCCCGCCCACCUCACUGAAACACACACAUCUGAACAAAACAUGUAUAUUUUUCCUGCAAAAAACAG